AGUGGCGUAAUCUUUUGUGGCCUGUAUGUUACUUUGCAAUUCGUUCAGACAAACGGGCUCGUAAAAUGGCGAAAUGUAGUUGUUAUUUACUUACGUGGUAUAUAACGAGAAAACUUUAAAACGCAUUAAAUAUAUUCGUAAUUAUUAGAUUAAUUAAACUAGUGCGAUUAUUCGUCGUAUACGGGUAUUUAAACUACAUUCUACAGAAAUGAUAUUAAUGGACUGGUAUAUUCUGGCACAGUAGCAGCAGUCAAAUACUGAUCUACAUUGAUUGAGAAAAGAUUGUGUUGCGAGCAGUAAAAUCUUGUGUAAUAUGGCACAAUAUUAUAAUUUUGUGACCAAUGCCAGUGGUACAUUAACUCUUGAAGAAGUACAGAGAAUUUGCUCUGUAGAAGGGCAACAUGUUCAGUUAGUUGAGAAUAUAAAUAAUGGUGGUAAUGGUUCACAACAAUUUUUGGCUUAUACUCCUGCCCAACAAAACAGUGAACAAGCAAUAUUUUGCCAGCAAACUAUUAACUUAGGGAGUCAAAUUUCAGCAACGCAAUUGGAUCAAGGGCAAAACGUGUUUAUAAUUAAGACUAAUGAAACACCAUCAUCACCACCUCCUCCUCCAAGUAUAUUAAAGCCUAAUACAGUUAAAAUACAUACGGCAGGAGAAAAUAUAGUAGGUGUUGUGGAUAAUAAAGUUACUAAACCAUUGGUGGAAUGUAGUAACGAUAAUCAACAGAUACAAUGGGUGAAGAUGCAAGAAAAUAGUAUUAACGUAGAUGCAGUUUCGAAACAAAAUACUCUUUUUUCUGAAAAGAGCCAAACUGCUAUUUUAAAUAAGGGACAAACACAAAAUAAUAUAGCAAUAUCUGGUUAUAGUCCUGAAACUUCAGAAAAGAAGUCAAUCAAAUUAUAUCAAAAUAAAAACCGACUUCCUACGAAUAAUAUACAAACAGUGUCUCCAUCCAUUCCUUCUGAUGGUUUAAAUGCAACAGAUCAAGUACAACGUUAUUAUGUAUCAAACAUUAAAGUAACUUCACCUUCAUUCCAUAAUAAAGCAGUUAAUGCAAUUGGACAGAAUGUAACUACAACAUUUACGCGACAAGUUCGUGCAUCUUUUGUUCAAGUGUCUCCAACACGACCUCCAGUUCCUAAUCAGAUGUCGAAAAAUCCAUUAAGACUACAGCGUCCAGAAAUGGAACAUUUAAGUCAAAGAAUAAAACAAGCAAAAUUACGGCAUUUGCAAAAUGAUCAACGAUCACAACAAAAUAUGAGGAAAAACCAAGUAUCCAAUAUGCCACAAAAGACUAUACAAAAUGCUACAGCUAAUUCCUUACAAACUCAACAAGUAUCAACAAACGUAAUGCAACAAAAGCAAUUACAAAAUAUUUCAACACAAUUUCAACAAUUACAAAAACAAUCAUCAGUUGCGACUGUAGAACAAAAAAAUCUACAUCAAAUACAGUCUUCACCUCUUUCACCUCUUUCGCCUCAACAAAAUGUGCAAACUAAUUCAGAUGUUGAUGCUGAUUGUAUCUUGCAAGAAAAAUGCAUUGUUAAACAACAAUCUUCUCCAUCUCAAACAGAUUCAGAAAGUAGUGCAAGUGAAAGCAUUGCUUAUUUACAAAAAGUUAUCAAUAAUCCUUCCAAUACCAUAGUACAGCGUCAAAUACAAGGUAACACAGCGAAAAUGUUGGUAAUGUUACCAAAUGGUGAACAGAGAUUAAUCACGUUUGAUAUAUCAAAUAAUGAUUGUAGUGUGCAAGAUCUUCUGGAGCAGGCAAACAUUACAUUUGGUGGUGAAACAACUGUAUGCUUAGUUUCUGAUUCUACCUUUGGCAUAAAUUAUAUCGUGGAAACAGUGGCGCCAAGUAAUGGUGCCAUAUUAAAUGAAAUUCAUGAGCACGACAGUAACACAUCGCAGGAUAGUGCGACUAUGGGAUCUCGUAAUACAUCUCGUACAAUUAGUUCACCCGAUGAAAAUAGCAAUCCCAUAUGUCAAAACGAGGAGGCUACAUACAUCGAGGGGAAGCUUGCACUGUGUCCAAACUGUGGUAUUAGCUCAUUAGACUUCAACCGAUGUCAACGAUGUUUGAAAAAAUUGCCGGAGGACGUGAAGACGAUACCUAUGACUAUGGGUAUACAAGAAAAAAAGGAGAACAUGCUGUCUGUCAAUACAUUUUAUAAGAAAAACAAUGAACGAAACUCUUCAGCGAAGUUGGAAAAAUUAGAACGCGAUGGAUCUGCUUAUAAACGUGGUAGAGGAAGAGGAAGAGUAUAUACAUCAAGGACAAAAAUUAUUAAUAAAGAACCAGAAUGUUUAACCAUAUCAUCAGAUGAGGAUGAAGAGGGGAAAACUAGAAAAGUAGAUGGUGUUUUCAAUAAUGCAGUUUCAAGUAACGCAAGUAAUAAUUUAAGCGAAGAAAUGGAGACAAUUCUUGAUAAAGAACCAGUAAUUACAAACAACUCUGUUUCUAGCACAAAUAUUGAUUUUUCACCAAGCAACGAAGAAUCUACUGAAGAUGGAAGUUUAAAAAGUGAAAAUCCAAAUUUUAUAAACAGUUCUAUACAAAAUUUACACGCAGCUAUUUUAUGUCGAACAGUCAGAAUAGGAUCAUAUAAAUAUGUUCCGCCGGAGAAAAUAGUAAUAACUUCCAGUGGAAUAAGAUUUGGAAUACCCUUGUUAGAAGAUGAUACGAGUUUUGUAACGUUGGAUGUGAAAAUUCGAGAUCUUGUAAAGGUAUUAGUACAUUUUGGGAAGUCUAUGCCAGUUAUUUUCUUCUAUACAUCUACAAGUACAGGAGCGAUGAUUCGCGAAUUAUUAGGAAUGCAAGAUCCAAAAGGGCCGUAUUAUGACCCAGCUGGUAAGGAUCAUACACAUAGACGUAUUACUUUACUACCAGAUAAGAUAACGGAUGAAUCAAAGCUUGCAUUGAAAAAUUUAUUCAUGGUAAGAAAAGGCCUGUUUGAAGAAUUGAAUCCAAAAGAAGCCAAUGAUAUUCUUGUACGAGCAUCGCCAAAAGAUAAUACGCUUACUUCAGGUCUUACUAGAAGAUAUAGUCAAACAUCGGUCUCGAAUGUAUCGAGUGCAAGCAGUGGAAUACAAAAGAUAACAGUCUACCCACCACCCCCUGCAAAAGGUGGUAUAACCAUAAAUACCGAAGAUUAUUUAUGUCUCGGAGAAGAUCAAUUUUUAAAUGAUGUUAUUAUAGAUUUUUAUUUAAAAUAUUUAACAUUAGAAGUCUUAUCAGAAUCAGAUCAACAUAGAACACAUGUAUUCAGUUCAUACUUUUAUAAACGUUUAACAAGUCCUCACGCUCAAGCUGGUGAAAAUGCAGUGGUCCUUUCUGCGGCUGCUAAAAGGCAUGCGAGAGUGCAAAAAUGGACCAAAAAUGUCAAUAUAUUUGAAAAAGAUUUUAUCGUGAUUCCUAUCAAUGAACAUGCUCAUUGGUUUUUGGCAAUUAUUUGUUUCCCUGGUUUGGUGGGUAAAGUUACUAUAAAUAAUAAAAUUCCUAAAGAAGAUGUGCAUAAAACAAUUCAGAAAAGUAAAAAAUUAAAGGAUCUUAAAAUUCAAGCUGUGACAAUUGGUACUACUACGAUUACGCCAGUUACAACUACUAUAACAAUUGAUCAAGGAGACGAUGGUUCGGAAAGAGAUGAAGCAGAAGGAGAUGAUGAAGAAAUGGAAAUAGAUAGUGAUGAUGAUGAAGAAACUGAGGGACAAGAAAGUAAUAAAACUCAAGAAACAGAUUGCGGCUUACAAAAUAUAGAUACUGUGAAAGUUCCCUGCAUAUUAAUAUUUGACUCUCUUGCGGGUGCAAGUAGAUGUCGCGUUGUCGCCACAUUACGAGAUUAUUUGAGUUGCGAAUAUGUCGCAAAAAUGGGAAUUGAAAAAACAUUUUCGAAAGAUACUAUUAAAGGAGCAUCUCCGAAAGUUCCUCAACAAUCUAAUUUUACUGAUUGCGGCCUAUAUGUAUUACAAUACGUGGAGAGCUUCUUUAAGGAUCCUAUUACAAACUAUACAUUACCGAUAAAAACUUUAAAAAAUUGGUUUGAAGAAAUAGUUGUUACAAGAAAACGUGAAGAGAUAUCAAAGUUAUUAAUUAAGUUAAUGAAUGCUACAAGAGGAAGUAAAAAUAUUGCAUUGCCGGUUGUAAACUUUCCUACGCAAGAUGGAAAAUUAAAGCCAAAACCGGAAAAUCACCUUGAAAUAAAACCUGUUAAAACUGAAUUAGACAUUAAGAAAAAGCCUAUAUCAGAGACAGAAACGAACUCUCGCGCAGUUAAUAGCACAGUGCCAGGUCAAACAGAAAGUCCAGAAUCAAGUAGUAAUGAGGUAGUAAGCAAAACUACUUAUCAGAUCAUUCCUUUUUCACCAUGUACAAGUUCUACUAGCUCGACUGAUAAUUCAACGGAAAUGUUGAUUGAUACAAAAAUUCAUGCAGCAAGCAUUGCUUUGGCUGUAUCUACUUGUUACAUUUUAUUAACGAGUUUAAUCGCAUAUUGGAUGAGAAGAUAUGUCGCUUAUUAUAUAAAAGAACCUUUAAUACAAUCUUUAUUUCUCGAAGGAAUAGCAACAGCUGAAUUAUGCGGUGCUUGUUUUGAACUGAUUAUAAUUGCUGAUAAUUGGGGAGUAUCCAUGUAUGCGAUAUAUUUAUUCGUAUUAACGAUUUGGUGGAGUUUGAAUUGGGGCGAUGCCAGUGCUUGUCCUUAUACACAUCUCGAAGAAGCUGUAGAAGGAAAGAAAUCUUUACGCAUCGCUUUUCUUUUAAUAUGGGCAGAACUUAUCGGUGGCCUCGUUGUAUUUCGAUAUACACAAUUGCUGUGGGCGUUAGAAAUCGUACCUACGCACAAAAAUAAAGCUUUUGAAGAUUGUACUACGGAUUUGCAGGUGCCUGUUAUAUUUGGUGCACUUAUAGAAUGUGUAGCAACAUGUAUAUGCAGAAUAGUAUCCCGUGGAUUAGGCGAAUUUAAUUCAACUUUCUGUACUAUCAUCGAUUCCUUCGUUGGAACUUCUUUAGUCGUCGCAGCGUUUAAUUAUUCCGGUGGCUACUUCAAUCCUGCGUUGGCUACAUCGUUGAAGUAUGGUUGUUUAGGAACAACUUUUAUGGAACAUGUAAUUGUUUAUUGGGUUGGAGCUUGUGCAGGUUCAAUCACUUCUUUAAGGGUGUACAAUAUGCCUUUUAUUCAAAAUUUUAUAAAUAGAAAAAAGGAGAAAAGUUCUUAGAGAAAUUUCUUAGAUUUUCGAUUGACCAAAGAUUUCUUCAAAGAUUUUGUGUUCAUUCGUUGUGAUUGUUAUUUAACAUUAAUAUUUAUUUUCUUUUUACCUCCUCUAGCAGUUUGUAAAAUAACGUUGACAGUUAAAUUUAAUAGUUGUUAUAUAUGUAAAAGUGUGAUAAGUGAAAGACAAAAGAACGCACACAUUUAGAUGUACAAAAAAGUUAAUUUAUUAUAUGACAAUAACUAAUUCCAAGUGUACACAUUAUAUUGUAGAAAUCUUCUAAUUUGAUUCAUCAAGUGGAAGGAUUAUUUAUUAAAUUCUGAAUUUAUUAAUAAUAUGUAUUUUCAUACGCAAAGA